UCCACCAUGUCGCUCCAGGACAUGUUACGGGAGCGGAUGGACGCGGCCGAAGCAUUGUACCAGCGCGCCAAGCAAAUGGACGGCGCCGUGGAAGGACGCGGGAAGCUGUGCGGCAAACUUCGCGCCGAGCUGCGCUUCCUGCGACGCGCCGACGGCGGCCAGGUGGCGCUCAAAGCGUCCCACCUGAACAGCACUAACCUGACCCACCUGACGGCCGUGCUGAAUUCGGCCGAGAGCCUGGAGGGAGUGGUUGCCGUGCUGCGCGUCUUCUCUUACCGGGACGCCGACGGGCAAGCUCGUACGCUGACGGUGGACGUAGUGGCCGACGGCGGGCGCACCUGGGUCAAGUCAGUGGGUAGGAAGGCCGAAGCGCUGCACAACAUCUGGCAGGGACGCGGACGCUACGGCGCUAAGAGCAUCGUCGGGCAGGCCGAAGACUUUACGCUCGCCAGCCAACAGCAACCACUUGGGUACGUUCACCCACGGGUGGUCUUCGCCUUCUACAACGGCGUGUCCGAGCCCGUGGCCCGACACCUGGAGGAAAUGGGCGUGGCCGUCCGCGGGGACGUGGUGGCCGUCGACGCCGUGUCAACGGAGGACUGCGAGGAUGGAGAAGACGACGACGACAACGAUGACGAAGGAGAGGAACCAGAGUUGGAGGCUACGCGCGUGGACCGCGGCACGGUUUUAGCCAGCCUGGCGUUCCCUGCGGAUGCGGGCGUUGAGGAGUGCGGUCGCGUCAACCUGGACAUCACGGCGCUCAUCGCCUACGUGUCGUCGCUGAGCCACGGCCGCUGCCGACUGGCUUUCCGCGAGCCCGUCCUGACCGAGCAGGCGGCGCAAGAGCGGCAGCGCCCGGUCCUGCCAGUCCUUGAUGCCGUUAUGGCAGGAAAGGAGCUGUAUGCCUGCCGCGCCGCCGUCGAUGACUUUCAAACCAUCUUGGACACGCUGGGCGGGCCCGGCGAAAAGGAGCGCGCACGCCAGCUGCUAAGCCGCCUGAAGCUGGUGGACGACUGGCCUUCGGAACGGGCGCUGGCCCUAGAACCUAGCGCCAAGGUCAACCGCCGCUCGCUAUUAAUCUUCGGCACCGGGGACCGACUACGGGCGGUCACCCUGACGGCCAACGCCAGGUUUGUCAGGGCGGCGGCCAAUCAGGGCGUCCGCUUCAGUGUAUUUGUGCACGAGCCGCGAGCGCUCACCGAGGGCAAGGAGUGGAGGGCCAUGCCCGUCUAA